AUUCAAUAUUAAACUAGUAGCGCUCGCCGCAACAACUCUUGAAGACGGACACAAAUUAAUGGGCAUGGGAAUAUGCACAUGUUUUUAGCAUGCACCUGUUACAAGAGCAGAUCAAACAAAUGCUUGUAUGAAGGCCCAAAAUUCACACGGCCUUUUUUUCUAGUCUUCAGAUGCACGGCGACAGCUGAGACAUUCCAUGUUAAGUUCUCCAAAGAGAAAUACUUGCUGGAGUCUCCUCCCGAGAAGCUGCGUAAGGAGUUGGAGGAGGAGCUGAAGCUGAGUCCUGCUGACAUCCGGAGCCAUGGCUGGUACCAUGGACACAUACCCAGAGAGGUGUCAGAGACCCUUGUGCAGCAUCACGGAGACUUCCUGGUACGUGACUCUCUGAUCAACGUGAGUGACUACGUGCUGACCUGUCGGUGGGACAACGAGGUGUUGCACUUCAAGAUCAGCAAAGUCCUGGUCAAAUCCAGCGACACCAAGGUGCAGUAUGUGCUGGAGUCAGACAGUUUCGACUCGGUCCAGGAGCUAGUGCGCUACUACGCGAGUCAGAGCAAAGCCAUCUCGCAGUCCAGCGGCGUCCACAUCUACUGUCCGGUGAGCCGGACCCUCCCGCUGCGCUACCUGGAGGCCACCUUCGCCCUGUCCGGUGGUAAACACGGCUGCGCCUACUCGCCGUCCAAUCAGAGGGGAGCACACAUCAAGAGGCGGAGUGUCACCAUGAUGGACGGGCUCACGACGGAGAAGAUGAUGCCUCACAGCCCUUCCACUAUCCACCACCACAAAGACGCAAUGAGGAACUGUGCGAUGAGCAUGGACCAGAUUCAGGAGUACCGCUGCCCCUUGUCGCCGGUCGGUGAGACGCCGAUGUCUCCUGCCUAUUGUGCAAUCACCAGACAGAGAGCCCACUCAGGUGGGCGAGUCCUGGCUGUGGUGCCACCUUCCCCUGUCACACGGCGUUCCAGUGACCCUCAGCUCAGCCCCUCUUCCAGCAACAAUCCCCCAGAACACCCUGCCCACGUCUCUCACUCGGCCCACUCUUCCCCGGCCCAUCAUCCCGCUGUCCAGUCGCACUCCUCCGAAACAGCGGGCAGCUACUGCGACCUCAGACCUUGCCCUUCUGGACCCCCUAAACCUCCCACCAAGAGCUACGUGGAGCGGUUACGGGUGGAGGAGGGGAAGAACGAGGGUGCAAGGGAGGAAGGAGAUGGAAUGUGCAGCGCUCCGCAGGUGGAGACCGCUUCCUUGUUCCGGCCAUCCAGAUAUGAGUCUUGCAUCAUGCCCGCUGACAAUAAACCUCUGGAGAUGUCCGUGCUGAAGAGAGUGAAAGAGCUGCUGGCUGAAGUGGAUGCGAGGACGACGGCUAAACACAUCACCUUGGUGGACUGCACGAUUGCAAGAAUACUGGGUGUCAACUCAGAGAUGCAAAGGAUGAUGGGAGUGUCCUCAGGCUUGGAGUUACUCACACUACCUCACGGACACCAGCUGAGACUUGACCUACUGGAGAGGUUCUACACCAUGUCUAUCAUGAUGGCCGUGGAUCUGCUCGGCUGCACGGGAAGCACUGAGGAGCGGGCAGCCCUGCUCCAUAAGACCAUCCAGUUGGCGGCCGAGCUGAAGAGCAACCUGGGUAACAUGUUUGGCUUCGCUGCUGUGAUGAGAGCUUUGGAGCUGCCACAGAUUUCCCGCCUUGAGCAGACAUGGGUGACAUUACGCCAGAGACAUACUGAAGGUGCCAUCCUGUAUGAGAAAAAGCUCAAACCUUUCUUGAAGAAUUUGAACGAUGGAAAAGAGUCCAGCAUUGUGUCCAGCACCACCUUCCCACACAUCAUCCCUGUCCUGUCUUUGCUGGAGCGAGGCCUGGCCCUUGGAGAGGUGCUGGAGCCAUGGGAGAGCGCGGAUGUGGGUGUCGAUGUGGUCAUGCACCACCUAGAGGCGGCUCGAACUGUCGCGCAUCAUGGUAGAAUCUACAGGAGCAAUGUGGAAAGCAAAUUGCAGGGGUUCGAGGUGCAAGCCAACAUCCGCGAGAUCUUCCAGACGGAGUUCCAGAUGCGUUUGCUGUGGGGGUGCCGCGGCUCCGAGGGGAGCCAGCUGGAGCGCUAUGAGAAGUUCGACAAGGUCCUCACCGCCCUCUCACACAAGCUCGAGCCUCCGGUGCGCCACAGCGAGCUAUAGCAACAAUAGUCGCAAAAAAAAAAAAAAAAGACACCCUGCAUCUGCAUUUACCACUCCAAAGUGGUCUUGUCUUGCAUGGCCAUAAAGGGGGGACACGGAGUAGUGCGGGUGGGCCACUGUGAUUGAAGAGGCAGCUAAAAGUACAGCGGGAUGUCACUUGCGACACAACGUGAACUCACUGCAGACACACUGCAAAGCGACAUUGUGGACAUCCUCACUUAUCCCUAAAAUGUCCACGAGAGGAGACAAGACGAUGAUUAUGGUGUCCCCCGAGGGUCAAUGUGCAGACUUUGGCUUUGAUACACAUACACAGAUGCUUCCCCGCUGUCUCACACUAUAGUAGAAAUGACUGCUAACAUCUUAAUUAGGUCAUAAUGUACGUCUUUCUGUGUAUGCCUGUGUGUAAAUCAUGUGAGCAUUCCUUUAUUUCCUAUUUAUUUUUUUAAGGAUCUCCAUCCAUUCAGGACGGUUGGUUUUGUAGACCUUGUGACAAGCUGUAAGGAGCCAUAAAAAACUCAUUAAGGAAGGAGCAGUCCCAUCAAAUAUGGAUCAACCACUCAUUAUUUAAUACAAGAUUCCCAAAUGAAGAAAUAGAAGUGUAAGCUUUGAGAGUUGUUCAAAACAACCGGGGUACAGCGAACAUGCUGUGCACUACAUAUUGCUAAAAGCAGUAUUAAGUGAGGCAAGGUUACUUUAAAAGCCCCAUCUAUGUUUCAUUCACAGCGUAAAUCCUGAUAAUAAUUUUUAAAAAGGAUCAUUUGGACAAAUUAAAUUUAUUAUUUGAAUUGUUUUAUGCAUUGCAAGACUGAUUGCACCUCUGUUUCAAUGUGCGUGUGUGUUUUUUUUCUUUGUCCAGUUCAGCUGUUGGGUCAACCACAAAGGAAGGUCUGUAUCCCUUUUGUGCUGGAACAGUUUUACUGUGCUUUUAAGCUGCCACUGUGGUUUCUUUGUAUCCUGAUUGAUAUUUAUUGAGCAUUACAGUCAUUCAGUCUAACAGAACAAAGUUUUUAAAGGGGGGUGAAACAGUAAAUAAUAUAGGAAAAAGACAAAAAAGGACAAAGCAUUACCUAGUAAACAAGAUGAGGAAAGUAAAGCAUUAUACAACUAGUACAAAGACACAUUGGAAUUGAGUGUUGUAUGGGUCAGUAGUGCUACACCCUCUCAGGGAAGGGCAGGACAGGGACAGGAGGGGAAGCAUGCAGGACACUGGUCAUGGACCUGUUACUCUGUGUGUUGUGGGAGUGUCUGUAAACCAUAAACAUUUGAAGGACCAGAGUGGAAGUGAGGGGAUACCCAAGAAAUUCACAUGGAUACAAGUUAUUUGUCGCAAUGAGCGAGUGGCCCCACACCCAGAAAAUAAGACUCAGAGGUGUUUCUCUGGACAAGCAAGUGAAUUGACAAAGUUUCGCAUGCGCAAUAACCAUCAGAAGUGUCCUGUAGUUGUUGCGCUUGAACCGUGAGGGCUGAGCACCCCACCCAAUUAAGAGACAGGGUCAGGUUCAGGAGUCCACCUGAAAGUAGUCUGGUAGCCAGGACAUCUCCCAUACCGAGGGAUCCAAGUUGAUCCAGCCCACUGAGGCACCCUGAAAACUGGCCAGCAGGAGGAGGGACAGGGGCACAAUGCACCCACCAGCAAACCUCCUUCCCCCACGUACUGCCCCAAACUCCGUGCCACCCCCACCAAAGCGGGAAGCACUCCACCAACCCACUAGGUCCACAAUGUAGCCACUCCCCACCCACCCCAAAGGUGAGAUGGUGUCCCGUUUGAUGAAAAGGAGAGCAAAUAGGGCCGCCCGAUAAGGGAACGAUAAGGGGGGCAACGUGGAUAGCGGCCGCACGGCAUGCAAGGGGAGCCCCCACGCAAAGUGAUGUGUAUGAAUGCAACACAAUUGCCUGCAGAUAAUCUCUUGUUUGGAAUGGAAACGCAACACCGCCUUCAGCGGGGCGCUCCAUUUUGGCUCAAUUAUGCAAAUAAUCAACAGAAAGGAGUGAUUAAUGGUUAAAAGUGUACUGUGUAAUAAUUUUGGAGGUACCCAGUGUGUGAUCAUUCGAGCUCAAUUGAAAGUAAGAACAGGUAUAAACCACAAAUUGGGAUCACAGACUCUUCAGAACCAAUCAAGGGAACAGUCAAAUCACAAAUCCAAGAUCUUGAUGAAGGAAAUAUUAAUACCAGGUGAAUAUUUUUUUAAUUAAAAAAAAUUAACCUGUUAAGAUCAAAAAGAUCAAUGAUUCAUGGAAAUCUAAAUUUUAGAAUCAUAUUUUGCCUCCCCUGAUGUUGCAGCCUGUCUCUUGGUAUGUCAUGAUAUACCCCCUCAGAGGGGUUGCGUGAGGAAAAUGCAAAUCUAUCUGACACAGGACAAAACUUAAUUUUUACUUCCUAAUUGGAGACGUAUCCAGGAAGUACAACGGGUUUGGGAGUUACACUGUGAUGAUUAUGUGUUCCCUUUAUUCUUUUCAGAGGUGUUUAUGUAUGCUCACAGCAUAACCGGUUCAUGAUAACAAUACUGUAGUAGCUACCAGAUAGAGAUAAGUAUUUGACUAAAUCUCCUCAAUCUCGAUAUAGAGUGAAUCAAAUAAAUCCUGUAAAUAUUCUGAGCUCCUACUUACAUGCAUGACGUAGUUUGGGGUGUUCCUCAACUCCCCACACAACAUGUUGCCCAUCAAGCAGGUUACACGCAAACAUUUUUAAAAUCUGAACUCACUUUUUUUAAAUGUGAGAAGCUCCAAAAGUAAGCAGGGGGGGAGGGAAAUCAUCAAGCGUGUGCUUAUUUCUCUUUUCUUUUGUAGUGAACUGGUGAUGACAAACAGCACACCACACACACUGUAAUUGAGUUGCAAGAGGCAGCAUGGUGCCACAGGGCAUCUGAGCUACUGCAAAAUACGAAGAAAAUAUAGAAAAAGCUAGGCUAACUGUUAGCUGAUCUGGUAUCUACACUGCAGUUGUGAAACUCAUACAUUUCUUUUGUGUGUGUGUGGUGACUGACUUGGGAUACACAUUUAACAUACCCCGCACCACAUGAUAAUUUGCUCGGAGUAUCUUUUAAUUACAUCUGACAGUGUGGCCUCUGCUGCUUGGCAGAUUACGAUCAGAAGGCGGCAAAGAAAUGCUCGGAUUCGCCGGGAUUAUCAGCAUGUGUGUAUCCCGUUUAAAACGGCAAAUUAGUUGAGACUGAAUAGACGACGCUUCAAUUGACAGAAUAAUCAAUUAUCAUGCCCAUCCCUAACACUAGCACCAUAAGUGUACCAAACUGCAGUAUAGCAGUAUUCAAUAAUUGACUCCAUUAGGGCAUGCUGUAUGGGUUCCUACUUAUUUAUACACUUGUUAGACUGCUUCUGUUGGAUGUCAUCUUUGGAGGAGCCUGAGAGGGCCGCAGAUGACUCUCAGAGCUAUGCAAUCGUUUCAGUCAAAGGGCGCCACCCAUUUGAAUUAUUCUUCUUAAUAUUUGGGGCUGGGGGGGUUGCCGCCUCUGCUGUCACCUUGUUGUCUACCUCCAAAUCAAAUACAAAUGAUGUAUAGGCAUUCUAUAAUAGAGUCGAAUGUAUGUGUCAGGUAUCGAUUUAAAGUGAACUCGUUCUCAGUCUGAUCCAUGCAUCUUUAUAUGAGUGUUUGUCUUUUGGGGUGCGAAACAGGUUUGAGGGUACUGCUUUAUCGGUCAUGCAAAAAGAGGGGCCCUUUCCCCUCAGAGCCCGACAGGGGGCGACCUUCAUUCACACAAGGUCAAUGGUAAAACAUCCUCAAGUACUGUGAUGUGUAUGUACUGAAUGAAGCCUACUGGUUUAGGUUUGUCAUCUGCUCACACUGAUGAUGGAACAGUGAUUUUUCUGCGUGUUUGUAUUCAUUCCUGUUUUGGAAACUAAACAGUGACCCUCUGAGGACUGCAUGGGAUGAAAAGUUGAAAGACAGGAUGAUGAAUUUCGUUGUGUUUGCUUAUUUUUUUUUUUCUACAUAUUGUACAUAGCAAGUCACUCUUUUUCAAAUAAAAUGAUUGCUUG